GACGUGGUCGCGGAAGCCCAGGGGUCCGGGGCGUUCGCCAUGGUUCCGCGCGUGCCGCUCCCGCCGGAGAUCCAGCUGGCCCAGCGGCUGGCCGGAAACGAGCAGGUGAUCCGGGACCGGGCGGUGAAGAAGCUCCGGAAAUACAUCGUCGCCAGGACUCAGCGGGCCGCAGGUGGUUUCACUCAUGACGAGCUGCUGAAGGUCUGGAAAGGACUGUUUUAUUGCAUGUGGAUGCAGGACAAGCCGCUCCUCCAGGAGGAACUAGGGAAGACCAUUUCCCAGCUCAUCCAUGCUUUCCAGACCACAGAGGCACAGCACCUGUUCCUUCAGACGUUCUGGCAAACCAUGAACCGCGAGUGGACAGGCAUCGACAGACUGCGCCUGGAUAAGUUCUACAUGCUCAUGCGGAUGGUCCUGAAUGAGUCCUUGAAGGCCCUGAAGAUGCAGGGGUGGCAAGAAAGGCAGAUCGAGCAGCUGCUGGAGCUGCUGACGACGGAGAUCCUGCACCCCGACAGCCAGGCCCCCAGCGGGGUGAAGAGCCACUUCCUGGAGAUCUUCCUGGAGGAGCUGAGCAAAGUGGGCGCCGCUGAGCUGACGGCAGACCAGAACCUCAAGUUCAUCGAUCCCUUCUGCACGAUUGCUGCUCGGACCCAGGACUCCCUGGUUUUGCAUAACAUCACUCGGGGCGUCUUUGAGGCGAUCGUGGAACAGGCCCCGUUUGCCAUCGAAGACCUUAUGAAUGAACUGGACGCGCAGGAGGAGGAGGGCGUGUCGGAGGAUGAUGAGCGCGGGCAGGAUGUGCUGUCCAAGGAGCCAGGCUCCCUCCAUGGGGCUGCACGCGAUAGGAACGAGGCGCUGCCGGGAGAUGGCGAGGACAGCGUGGGCCCCGUCCUCCAGUUUGACUACGAGGCCGUGGCCAGCAGACUGUUCGCGGUGGCCAGUCAGCAGGGCACCCCUUCCCAGAACCGGAAGCGCCUCUACAAAGUGAUCCGGAAGUUGCAGGACCUUGCUGAAGGCCUCUUUCCAGAGGAUGACGUGCCGGAAAAAGCCUACAGGAACCUGCAGGAGGAGGGGCAGGAGAGGAGGACAAAGAAGCGGCCUAAAUCCAGGUCACAGAAGCAGCCAGGGAAAGGCAGGAAGGAGGACUCACGGCCAGACCCGAGCUCCGGAUCCGAGAGGAGGAUGAGGCGGCGGCGGCGGCGGGGCUCGGGGCCUGAGCCCACGGGGCCGCAGGAGCAGCUCGGGGGCCCAGGUGGGAGAGGGGCUCGAAAGAAGAGGCGGCGGCUUCGGGCAGGGGCCAGAGUGAAGGUGGCCGGUUGCCAGGAGCUACAGACCAAGCAGCGGCCGCUGCAGAGCCGGAAGUGA